AUGGAUGCGCACGUCGCUUUCUCGGGCUUCCCAGCCCUGCCCUCGGUCUCGCCGUCGGGGCCGCAGCCGCUGCAGCUGGCGGGAGCCGAGCCGGGGCACGAACCCGAGGAAGUGGUGGGCGGUGGGGACGCCGAGCCCACGGCCGCGCCCGGCCCGGGCAGGCGACGCCGGCGGCCGCUACAGCGUGGAAAGCCUCCCUACUCGUACAUCGCGCUCAUCGCCAUGGCCCUGGCGCACGCUCCGGGCCGUCGUCUCACGCUGGCAGCCAUCUACCGCUUCAUUACCGAGCGCUUCGCCUUCUACCGCGACAGCCCGCGCAAGUGGCAGAACAGCAUCCGCCACAACCUCACCCUCAACGACUGCUUCGUCAAGGUGCCGCGCGAGCCGGGCAAUCCGGGUAAGGGCAACUACUGGACGCUCGAUCCCGCGGCCGCCGACAUGUUCGACAACGGCAGCUUCCUGCGGCGCCGCAAGCGCUUCAAGCGCGCCGAACUGCCCGCGCCGCCGCCGCCGCCCUUCCCCUACACACCCUUCCCGUCCGCGCCCGCACCCGCUCCAGCACCGCCCGCGCGCCUCUUCCGCCUGGACAGCCUGCUGGGCUUGCAGCCCGAGCCGCCGGGACCCGUAGCGCCCGAGCCGCCCUGCUGCGCCGCGCCCGACGCCGCCUUCCCGCCCUGCGCCGCCGCAACCUCGCCGCCGCUCUACUCGCCCGCGCCCGAGCGCCUGGGGCUGCCCGCGCCGCUGCCCGCCGAGCCUCUCCUGGCUUUGGCGGGAUCGGCCGGUGCGCUCGGGCCGCUCGGCGCCGGGGAAGCCUACCUGAGACAGCCGGGCUUCGCGCCGGGGCUGGAGCGCUACCUGUGA